AUGGCAUCCAAGGGCACAGAGACGAUAUGCGGGCCUAUCAACAAGACCGCACAAAGCACAGUUGAUGUAGCAUCGUCGGAAGAUGGAGGCGAUCAGAUCGACAACGCCGCGAUUGACAAGGUCGACGCGAAGGAGGAAAGAGCUUUUCUAUGGAGGCUCGAUCUCGGCCUCCUAACAAUCGGCUUCCUGGGCUAUGUGUUCAAAUACCUAGAUCAGAUUAAUAUUAGCAACGCAUAUGUUUCGGGCAUGCAGGAAGACUUGAAGCUGUACGGAAACGAAUUGAACUACUUUACUACCUACUUCAAUAUUGGGUACAUGGUCAUGCUCUUUCCAUCGUGCAUCCUCGUCUCCUACAUCGGCCCGUCCAUCUGGCUGCCGGCGUGCGAAGUUCUUUGGGGGGUGUUCACCUGCUGCUUGUCGACCGUCACAAGCCCGCAUCAGGUCUACGGUCUCCGCUUUCUGAUCGGGUUCUUCGAAGGCGUGUGCUGGCCCGGCUACUUUACCAUCAUCAGCCAAUGGUAUCUGCCGCACGAGUUAGCUCUCCGCAUGAGCAUCUACAACAUCGCCCAACCCGUCGGCGCAAUGAUGUCUGGCGCGAUGCAGGGGGCCCUAGCUACCAACAUGGAUGGGACACUAGGGCGUGCGGGCUGGCGGUGGGCUUUUAUCAUUAAUGGAAUUUGCACGAUAUUCGUUGCCCUUCUCGCAUUUUUCAUUCUUCCCGGCUACCCAGAACGCCCAAACCCACUUACAAAGUUCUACCUAAAACCCCGGCACAUUGAAAUCGCCCUCGCGCGGGCAAGGCGCGUCGGACGCAAAGCGCAGACUGGAAUCACCCCACGAAGCUUUAUACAGACAUGGAAAAUUUGGUUCUUCUGGGUCAUCGUUGUUGCAUGGCCCAUCGGCGGAAACACAGUUCCAACGAACUACUUCAAUCUCUGGCUGAAGUCACUCAAGAAUUCAGAUGGAACUGCCAAGUACUCCGUGGGCAUGCUCAACUACCUGCCCAUCAUUGGCCAGGCAAUCCAGCUCGUGGGCGAAAUCGUGUUUAGCGGACUCAGCGACCGUGUGGGCCGAUUCCCGUUGUUGCUUGUUCAUUCUGCCAUCAAUAUUUCCUCCCUCACAAUCCUGAUCAUCCAGCCCGCGAACGAAAAGGCGCAUAUGGCGGGAUACUAUCUGAAUUACCUGGGCGCAGUCUCAAUGAUGCUCCUCUGCUCUUGGGGCUCCACACACCUUCAAGACCGACCCGAAGCACGCACAAUCAUGUUCGCGAGCGGGACGAUGCUCGCCUACGCGCUCAACGCGUUCCUGCCCAUUGCUGCCUUUCCAGCCUCCGAGGCCCCGCACUGGCGCAUUGGCGCCAGAGUGUAUUUGGGCUUUGCGCUGCUGGCUCUUGUUCUUUUUGUCGUUCUUUGGGUUGGGUUUCGGCGGGAUGAGAAGGGGAAGGAGAAGAAGGAGAGGUCGGUGGAAGAGGAAGCACGACGAUUGGGAAGAGCGGGGGCCUAG